CCCACCCGUCGGCCGCGACGCGUCUCCUCCGUCUCCUCGCCUGCGCAGCCGCGCCGGCCGACGCCGACCAGCACCGAUCCCCGUCCCCGCGAGCAGCGGCUCGGGCCCGUCCCGAGCUGCUUCCGCCCAGUCCUCUCCGGUUCCUGCUCGUUUGGAUCAAGCCCGGUGGUUACGUUGCAACAGUAUGAGCUCUCCUGGUUUUGCAAGGAGGAUCCCAAAGAGGCGGCGGACUAACAAGUUGCCUGCACACCUUAAUCUGGACCUGAACUCACUCCCAGCUGAAGGAGCUGAUGACAGGGUAUCACCUUCUGGUAGUGCGCCUGUCGCACACACCCAGACUUCUGUUGUGGCUGUUGCUGGGACCUCACAGCUUUUGGUGCCAGCAGUUGUUCCGGCGCAACAAAUUGGAAUGAGUAGCUGUCCAAUUAUUGUGGACGACAUUGAUGAUGAUGUUGUGAUUACUUCAAGCUCGUUCCCUCAAGCGAGGCAGCAGGCUCCCAGGACAGAACCUGUUGUGACCAUAGAAGAUGAUUCUGAAACUACCCCAGGACAAGCAGGGGAUACAGUUGAUGAGCAUGUGGGUAUACUGCUAUCUCUGACUCUGGGCAGGUACCCCCGGCAUGAUCAUCUGAGCACCUCCAACAUCAGCACCAACACCGUGAUACAUAUAAUGGAGACACCUAGCGAUGCACUCCCUGAACCUGAGAAACCUGUUGCGAAGGAGCCAAAAUUCAACUGCCCUGUCUGCAUGAACGAGCUGGUUGAAGCGACGUCAACCAUCUGUGGUCACAUUUUCUGCAAGCUGUGUAUCAAGGCCUCAAUCCAGGCCCAGAAGAAGUGCCCUACCUGCCGGAGGAAGCUGACCAUGAACAACUUCCACCGCGUGUAUCUCCCUUUGGCGGAGUGAGCCGGAUUUCCACCAUUCUGGAAAGCAGCAUCCCUCCACCCAUCCCUGACUAUUGCCGCAUUGGCUUUCUGGUGGUUGUACCCGAGAAAAGGUUGACAUGCUUGCUAGCAUACAGUUUUGCUGCAGCAGUUUAACAGGUGUCGUACUGUUGUUGUAGUGUUGUUGGAUCGGUUAAAAGAAAUGUGGUUGUAUGUACUGUGGAAAUGAUCCAUGCUGUUACGGGCUUCAUGUGCCCUUUAAAAUAUGAAAGGUCUAGAUUUUGGGUA